AAGGAGAAGAAGGAGAAGAAGAAGAAGAAGCAGAAACAGAAGCUCCAACAUGUCCAACGCUCUGCUGAGGAGGAACUCCAGCAAACAGGGUCUCCAGAAGCUCAUGAGGCUGACGGCUCAGAGGAGCGUGGAGGACGCCGAGGAGGUGGAGAGGGAGCAGCGGCGGAGAGCUCGGGAGGCGACGCGGUGGACCAACGGCGGCUCGCAGCCCGGAGAGUCGUCACCGGAGGACGGGAAGUAUGGAGACCUGAAGCCGAGCAGCUCUCUGGCUCUGGAGGAGGACGAGGGCUUCAGUGACUGGACUCAGCGUCGAGAGAGGCGAAGGCAGCAGCGCCUGCAGGAGCUCAGCCAGGGAGGCGAGGAGGACGAGGACGAAGAGGAGGACACGAUAAACAAAGCCGUUCCCGUGAAGACCGUCCAGGCCUCGGUCUCGUCCUCCGGCCGACUCCAGAGACAGGAGCGCCUCAAAGAAGACGUGGCCGGGGUGGAGAUGGAGAGGAGGAAGGAGCGUGAGGAGAGGCCGAGGAGGGAGCAAGAGAGGGAGGAAGAGGAGGACAAGAGGAUGAGAGAGGAGGCGGUGGACGGGAGGAAGGAGGAGAUGCAACGGCCGAAUACAGAGGUGGAGAAAAGACAAGAGGUUAAAGUCUCCUACACGUCCAAGGUGUUUCUCCACCAAGAGCCCAAAGAGGAAGUGACGUCGUACAAGAGCAGCAACACCAAAAGGUCCACCAGCAGAGCCGUGCAGCCGGAGGAGGCGGAGACCAUCCAGGAGACGGAGCAGCUCAGACACCGACAGGUGGAGGCCGAGCAGGAGCUGGAGGAGCUGAAGAGGAGGAGGGAGGAGAGGCGUCAAGCCCGGUUGGAAGACGAGCAUCGGAGGGAGGAGGAGGAGCAACGGCUGGCCAGAGAGGAGGAGGAGAGGAGGAGCAUGAAGGAGGACAUCGAGAGGAGGAGCAUGAAGGAGGACAUCGAGAGGAGGAGGAUGGAGGCAGCAGAGAAGAUGAAGAGCCUCGGUACGUCCAGUGUGGACGGAGACGAGGUGUUCAGUCCCUUCAGUCCCAAAACCCCCACUCACAAGAUCUCAGGGAGGACGGAGUCGCUGAACCGCUCGGUGAAGAAGAGUAACAGCUUUAAGAAGACGCAGACCCUCGUACCGAAGAUCGACAACAAGCUGGAGCAGUACACACACGCUGUGGAGAACUCCCAGGAGGUGCGGGCAGUGAAGGCAUCACUGACCGACCUGCCCGGCCCACCUGAGGUCGUGACCUCCAAGAAGACCCUGUUUGAGGCCGCUGAAGCCUGGAGCCCCACCAAGGGGGCCACCAGCAAGGACGCGGAGGGGCUGAAGGUGGGCGUGGCCAACCGGAUCACCCAAUGGGUGAAGGGUCAGUGUGACGGCGGCAGAGCGUCGCCCGGCAGAGCGACCGAGGUGAGACCCGGAGAUGUGAUGCAGAAGAAGAACAUGUGGGAAGUUAUUGGAGACUCGACAGGGCAGCAAGGCCACAGAGCCAAGGGCUCAGCAGCCGGUAAAAAGUACAAAUUUGUGGUCACUGGUCACGGAAAAUAUGAGAAGAUCCCUUUGAACGGAGAGAACAGAGGACAGUUCACUGACAGAGAUUCUGAUUUAUAUGCUGAUGAUUAUUGAGGAGGUUUCGUCUCUUCAGGUCCGUCAGAAGCAGCAAGACUCAAUAUUUCAUUUAUAGCCAAUAGAUCAUUUUUUCUGACUCUUUGUUGGACGACUACAAACCAACGGCUCAAAUGCUAAAGAUUUGAUCUUCAAAUGUCUUUAUUGGUUCAAUUCCCUCUUUGUAUUCUCUGAUAUUCAGUUGUUAUGAUGAUGUAUAUAUCUGGCUGAGCUUUAAUGUCUGUGUUCUUCAGUGUUUAGCUGAACCGUAACAUCCGGCUGACCCUCGGAUGAUGGUGAAGGGAAACCUAAAAGUCUUGUGAAUGUGGUCGAUGGAUCACACGUUUGUCAUAUUAUUGUCUGCACAACAAUCUGAACGCUGUAUUCCAGGAGAGACGUCGUGUGGCUGCAGCCCUGGAAUAGAUUACAUUUGGUCUGUUACAUUACAACCACACGUAGUACCUGAUCUACUCAAUCAAACCUUUCCUGUGUUUUAUCAGCUUUGUCUCUGCGCUACUGCAGAUUUCUCACUUUCAAUAUCUAUGUACUGAGAUUCAUGAUUGUAUGUGUUUUUAAUCGCAUUUCUUAAAUAAAUUUAAAAUAAUUUUCUAAUGUA